AUGGGAGCUAUGAAACUAUUCAAUCACUAUUCAUUUCACCUACAAAAUCAUUCCAUGGGUCAAGCAAACCUUCAAUCAUCUUCUACGGUGCCUCUUAAUUUCAAAAAUGUUUCUUUUAUUAAAAACCCAUCUUCUAUUUCUGGCAAACCUCAAACCCAGUUCACUUCCCUUGAAAACCCAUCUCAGAAACCACAAAACAAAGGUGGGUUUUCAAGCAUUGAGCUUAUUAAGGAGUUUACGGAACAUGGAUUGUUCGAAGAUGCUAUAACGGUCUAUGUUAGAAUGCUUCAAGAUGGUUUCCAAGUUCAAGACUUUAAGUUCUUCCCUUGUUUGAUUAAAUCAUUCGGCGGGCUUUCAGAUGUUAAAAGAAGCAGGCAAAUCCAUGGACAUGUGUUGAAGUUUGGAUUUUUGGUUGAUGUUUAUGCUGUGAACGCACUUGUGGGAUUGUACUUCAAGUGCGGUGAGAUUACGGAUGCAGUCCAAGUUUUUGAUAAAAUGAGUGAAAGAGAUUCGGUUUCGUGGAAUUCCAUGAUUUCAGGGUUCUAUCAAUCAGAGGAUUACUUGGAUUCGCUGAUGAUGUUUAGUUUGAUGGUUAAGGAACACGGGUUGUUCCCAAAUCGGGUAGGUUGUCUCUCUGCUCUCUCAUCAUGUGCUUCUACAAAGUCAUGGAUUUGUGGAAGAGAAAUUCAUGGAUUUGUUUUGAAAAAUGGAUUGGAAACCGAUGAGUUUUUGGUUAGUGGAUUGAUCGAAAUGUACAUGAAAUGUGGAGAUGUAAGAAGUGCUGAACAUGUUUUCAAUAGUACAGUUAACAAAGAAUCACUGAGGACGAAUACUGUGAUUUGGAAUGUCAUGAUUUCGGGGUAUGUUUCUAAUGAGUGUUUGUCCAAGGCACUUGAAUUAUUUGUUGAGAUGUUAGAGUUUGGACUUAAACCAGACUCUUCAACCCUAGUGGCUGCAUUAGUUUUCUGCUCACAGUUACUCGAUUUAAACCUAGGAAAACAAAUCCACAGAUUGACACUCACCCGCGGAUUCGAAAAUGACAUCAGAAUUCAAACCGCUCUCAUAGAGAUGUACUUCAAAUGUUGUCAACCUGAAUCUGGUUUGAAAAUCUUCAGGAGAUGCUGCAAUGGUAAUUUGGUAGCGUGGGGUGCCAUUAUAUCGAAUUCUGCUCAUGGUGAUUGCCCCUUUAGGGCACUGGAAUUGUUCUGUAACUUUAUGUUAAAGUAUGGUUUUCCCGAUUCUCAGAUGCUUUUGGCCGUGUUGCGCUCAUGCUCAUCCUUGGCUCUCAAGUCUAAAGGUAUGGAGAUCCACUGUCUAGCUGUUAAAACAGGGGCCAUUUCUGAUCUUUAUGUCGGUAGUGCUCUAGUUGAUAUGUACGGAAAAUGUGGAGAUAUGGAGUCUGCGCAAAAUAUUUUUUCCAGAUUGCACUGCAGGGAUUUGGUUGCAUGGAAUGCCCUAAUAUGUGGUUAUUCUCAGAAUGAGCUGGUGGAUGAAGCUUUAGCAGCAUUUUGUGACAUGCAGCGUGAAGGAAUUAGACCCAAUACUGUAACAAUUGCAUGUAUUGUUUCUAUUUGUGCUCACUUGUCAGCUAGGAGUCUGUGUAAGGAGGCUCAUUGUUUCGUUAUACGGCAAGGGUGGAAGUCGAAUGUUCUCGUGAGCAAUUCUCUGAUUGCCGCCUACGCCAAAUGCGGAGACAUCAACUACUCAUGCACUAUAUUCGAGAAUAUGCAUGAAAGAAAUCAAGUAUCUUGGAGUUCGAUAAUAUCUGCUUUAGGAAUGCACGGCGACGUGGACAGAAUGUUAGUUUACUUUGAAAAAAUGAAGCAGGCUAGCAUGAAGCCGGACCACGUAACGUUUACUUCCCUUCUUUCUGCUUGCAGCCAUGCUGGGAGGGUUGACAUGGGGUGUAAAUUUUUCCAAAGCAUGGUUGAAGAAUACAAACUUCAGCCUCAAGUUGAGCAUUACACUUGUAUGGUUGAUCUUCUAGGACGAGCUGGCCACCUCCGCCAGGCAUAUGAUCUGAUCAUGGACAUGCCUUGUGAGCCUGAUGAUCGCAUCUGGGGUUCGCUUCUUGGAUCUUGCAGAAGCCACGGUGAUGAAAAGCUCGCUAAGGUUGUGGCAGAUCACGUAUUCAAACUUGAUGCCACAAGCAUCGGUUAUCGUGUCCUCCUUGCAAAUCUUCUCGAAGAUUUGGGGAAAGCGAAUGAAGUGGCAAACGUUAGAUCAAUAAUUAAAGACACAGGGCUUAAGAAGCAACCUGGAUGUAGUUGGAUUGAAAUCGAUAACGACAUCCAUAUCUUUGUUGCGGGUGAUCAUACACACCGUCGAUCAGAAGAGAUAUAUGCAGUGAUAGAGAGUUUGACACUAGAAAUAAAAAGGGCAGGAUAUGUCCCUCGUUUACCUUUAAGAAGUCUCAUGCCCGACGAGGCCGACUUUUAACGUCUCUUUGUCAAGAAUGAUAUGAUUUGGCACACUAAGUGGGAACAUUUUCAUAUGAAAUUUAACCAG